AUGGCGGAAGGACAAGCACCAGCACCACCACAACCAGAGGGGGAUCAAGAAUGCAUGUGCACCCAGGAUAAGGUUCUCCAGUUUCUGAACAAAAUGGCUGAUGAGAGUGGAAUUAAAGAUUUGACUGAUCCAGCUCUCGCCGAGUUUCUGACCGAUAGUGAUGCGCUGAAAGGAAUUAGAGAUCUUUUCCACUAUCCGAAGGCUGGAACUCUUCCGGAUGUUGAUCCUACCCUUGUUGACCCAAAUGCUGAUAGCAUUUACCUCUGUGGUAAUUCUCUUGGACUAAUGCCAAAAGUCACUGAAGAGGUUAUGAAAGAGCAUUUGGAUAAGUGGGCUAAGAUGGGAGUCUUCGGACAUAUGACUGGAGAAGUUCCAUGGGCCCACUCCGAUGAGCACUGCCUUGAAGGUGUCGGCCGUCUUGUAGGAGCUAAGAAGGAGGAAGUGUCAAUAGCCAACAGUCUCACUGUCAAUAUUCACGUUUUAUUAACGGCCUUCUACAAGCCAACCGAAACUCGCCACAAGAUUCUUUUAGAGUCUAAAGCUUUCCCAUCUGAUCAUUACGCCAUUGAAUCUCAAAUCCGUCUGAAAGGAAGAACCGUCGAAGAAAGUAUGGUGUGCAUGGAGCCAAGAGAAGGAGAAGAGACUCUUCGCACCGAAGAUAUCAUCGACUACAUUGAAAAUAAUGGAGAUGAAAUUGCUAUCGUCUUUUUCUCCGGAAUCCAAUACUAUACUGGACAGCUCUUUGACAUCAAAGCAAUCACUGAGGCUGGACACAGAAAAGGCUGCCUCGUUGGAUGGGAUCUGGCUCACGCUUUUGCCAACGUCCCACUCCAUCUUCACUGGUGGGAUGUGGACUUUGCUGCUUGGUGCUCUUACAAAUACGGAUGCACUGGGGCUGGGUCCAUAGCUGGACUCUUUGUCCAUGAGAGAUUCUUGCAUGACAAGAGAGAUCGUAUGUUGGGAUGGUGGAGUCACAAGAUGUCCUCGAGAUUCACAAUGGACAAUGUCCUUGACCUUGAUGAAGGAGCUGCGGGAUACAGAAUCAGUAACCCACCAAUUCAUUGCGUGGCUGCUAUGCUUGGAAGCUUAAAGAUCUUUGAUCAAGUCUCCCUCGAGAACCUUCGCAGUCGUUCUUGCUACCUUACUGGAUACUUGGAGUAUCUCGUCAAGACACUCUUCGGAGAAAACUCAGAGCAAAGAACCACUAAGCUCUCUAUUUUGAUCAUCACUCCAGAAAACUUCCAUCAACGUGGUUGCCAACUUUCUCUGAAAUUCUCCUCUCCAAUCGACGUCAUUUAUCCAGAGCUUGUUAAGCGUGGUGUAGCGGUCGACAAGAGAUACCCCAACGUCAUCCGUGUUGCUCCAGUCCAUCUUUACAACAACUACGUUGACGUUCGCAGAUUCAUCUCUGUGCUUCAAGAAGUUGCACAUAUCGUCGAAGAUCACGCUUAA